UGCCCGGUACGAUGAGAUAGUCGACAGAUCAUGUGAAAAGUCCUUGGGCCGAGAGCUGCGAACGAGCAUACGAACUUGUCCCUAAGGAACCUCUAUAUUGACAGGGUUCUUAAAUUUAAAGACGACUGACGUUCAUAGGUGACGUUGUCACGCAUCUUUCAGAAUAUCGUUUUUUAUCAUCGCUGCAGAAACGUGAGUAACGAGUAAGACGGCAGGCAAAAAGGUGUCCUCGUUGCAUUAAAGACGCAAGACUAAAAAGUGCAUUCAAAAAUGUCUGAAAGCGAAUCCAAAGGUAAAGCAAAAACCAGGCCGGAGCUAAGAUAUGUAAGGAGUAGUCGAAAUUUGGUGGGAAAUGCAAAAAGCAGUGAGUUGAUCAGGACUGAUUCGAGCACCGUACAUUAGACAGUUCUUCCUUACAUUGUCUGGUAUCUGGGCAACCAGACCUGGCAGACCUAGUGACCAACAAUACUUUAACUAAGAGCAAAGGUCCUACGGACCGCUCUGACGGACAAUGAAGAAUAGGAAAACAUUACACAGUGACUACUGCGCAAAGGUCCAAUGGAGUGCCUAGGCAAGCAAAUGACGAAUCGUAUAAGUGAUUUUUGAAUAAUUAGAUAGUGAAUCCUUCUAGAACGGAAUCUGAAAUUGAAGUAAGGCAGAGAACAACGGGCUAUAACGUUGGAUCACCAGGUCCCAGUCAAAACCGGAUUCAAGACAUUAAAGUUGAUCGGAAUGAUUUGGUAAGAUCUCAACCUGGAAGCGGGAAAAACAGCAUGGUAGGAUCGCGAGCCAGCAUAGAAAGAACAUCAGUUGCUCUAGAAAGGCCACUGGAUGAUCUGAGCAGUCCACAGUAUAAUAUAGUGGCGAACACGGAUAACUACAGUCUCAGAAUGGAUGAGGAGGAUGCCGAAGAUCAAGAACAAGACGACAUAAACAUAUGUUUAUCGGACACCAAGCUGGAGGACCUCAAGCACAAAAAGACUUUUAAACAGCAACUAGCAACCUUGCUUGGUAUACAAUACGACAUGUCACCGGAGGAAUUUAAUACCGUCGCAAUGAAGCUAUAUAAAUGCUGCUUACAGAGUGUAAGAGACUUACACGAAUUACACUUGCGAAGAGUGCUUGGCAUCCAGUUACUGGACGAAAUCAUAAAGAGGGCUAAACCACAGCAAAUCACCAUCCCACAUGUCAUCCACAUAAUCUGGUCAAUCAUGUGCUGCAUCCACCACUUCCAGUUGAGGUUGAAAACGUUCUCAACAGGCUUAAUAUAUUGGGCUCGAAGAAGGAAGUUGCACAGGGUCAUGAAACAGUUCAAUAAGAUGAUCAGGCUCUUUAAACGAGUCAUGCAUCGCAUCAUACUGAAUGCUGUGAUUACGUUUUAUAAGGAAGGAAGAUUGUGGGAGGUGGAGUUUCCUUGCACGGAGUUAGUAAUACGGCUGUUGGAAGUUUAUAGAAAUGCUGAAGAAGGCAUUGAGGAUAUAUUGCAUACCACAGAAGCGUGCACCUUGAUGAACAUCUACGAAGCAAAACAGCUGAUCCAAGUGCUAUUUGAUAUUCUGAAGAAGGUGAAAUGGCAUAAAAUGUCAGAAAGGUUGAUGAAGAGGAUUGUGUUGAUGUACGAAAGCAGUGUAGUUCCAAAACCGACAGAUAGCUACAACUAUACCCCAUUGAGAAAGGGGCUAGAGAUCUGUAUAAGGAAUAUAAUAGGCAACUUGGGGAAAAAGGACCUACUGAGAUUCCUUCGAACCAUCUUCAUGAGACUUGCAGUUCCCAAGCCCGAAGAAGAAGUUGUGGUUGCGUUUGGAUUCAUAGCUAACUACGCCGCGAGAAAGUAUAGAGCAAAAGCAAAGAGACCUUUUUCUUCAAAGGGCCCAACUCCAUUAUUGUUUGGGCUACUUUCUUCCAAUGUCCCCACAAUCAAUCACUUGUGCAUAAUCAUAUGGAAAAAUUUAAUGGACGUUCAUAAUAACGCGUAUCAAUUUCUCACACCAAAAAUCUACUUCCAGCACUGUUACUACCCUAUAUCUUUAGGAACAUGCCGCAAACAAGACAAGCUGUUCUACAGAUCGAUCAGGCAUUUCAUAUUCAAAGUAACCUUGUUUGCUUUAAUACAUGCUUCUAACAGACUUGAACUGGAAGAUAUUUAUCAAGCGAUGGCGCUCACUAUAGCAGAACUGCCCUGUGGAUAUGUCGCAUCGUGCCAUGUUUCGAUUGCCAUGGCUAUACAAGAGUUUGCUCUUUGUAUCUCCGCACAAGAUCUUGUUCGGUCUCACCACAUCCAUGCAUUCGUUCUGUCGAUAAUGACUUUAAUAUGUAACGUAUUCAAGGCGACAGUGUUUUAUGACUAUGUGAACACAGUUAUGAAAAGGAGAGCAGAAUGGGCUCCGCAUCUUAAUCCGCCUUUAAGAGCUCAUUAUGAGUAUGCUCAACACCAUAUUCUGUGGAACAAGCCCGACUUGUUCUUCGAAGACUGGGAAACGCGAUAUGGACUAUGGAAGUGCUUCAGAGAAAACGCACCUAUCAAAUCUAUAAAAGAGAAUGUUUACCGAAUUUUGCCUGCUGGCUACGGACUUCGAACGUUUUAGCCCCUCACAUUGGUGCUGUUGAACCUAUAACGUACAAUUAUAUUAUUACACAAAGUUAAGUAUACAACAGUAGUAAUUAUAUGAAAGUUAUAUGUAUCAAUAUAAUUUAUAAAUUGUU